CUCUCCCUCUGCAGCAUGGCUCCCCAUUUGGGGUGCUCUCCCUCUGCAGCAUGGCCCCCCACCCUGUUUGGGGUGCUCUCUCUCUCUCUCUGUCUCCGUCAUGAGCUCAUGUACCCUCUGGCAACUUCAUAAAAAGUUGGGGCACUCAGUGGCCUGAGUGUUAAAACGACAGAUCCCACAUGGCUGACAGUGCUUGAGAAAUACCCGGGCGUGUGUGCGUGCGUGCCCAAAAUCUCAAGAGGAUGAUGGAGGAGAAGGGCUUGUGGCAUGGCCGUCCCCAGGGGCUCUUUCUCUCUGCGUGUCCCUCUAGCCAGCGCAUGCGCCUCUGGUAGCUAGAGGAGGAGCAGGCCGUCCUGCCCUCGGGACUGGUCUCGUCUCGCCCAGCCAGCCACUGCCAGCAGGCAGGCACCAGCAGGCAGGCACCAGCAGGCAGGCAGCUGGAGCGGCCGGGGUGCUGUGUGGGCGUGCAGGCUGUCGGAUCCCAUGGCUUUUCCCAUUUUGUGGUGAGUCCGGGGCUGCAGAGCCCUGGGUGUAGGGUGGGCCCGAUGGGCUGUCUGCCCCUGCCACCAGCGCCAGGGCCCCCACCCAGGUGGGGGGUUCUGCUUGGAGUCCUCACACUCUUGGAGACAGGGCUGCUGACUGACUCGUGGCUUCCGAUGCCGUUCACCUGGCUUUGUGCUCAUCAGGGAGGAAGCUGGUCAGUUUGGGGUCCCUGCGGUGGCCUUGGUGGCCCAGGGCACAUGGAGGCCAUGUCUGGCCUGUCCUCCAGCCGCUGUCCUUGUCUCAGGUCCACGCCCUGUCCCAGUGUGAAGCGCGGUGACGAGUGGGGGGAGCCCUCGCGGUGCGACGGUGGGGACGGCUGUCAGUACUGCCAUUCCCGCACGGAGCAGCAGUUCCACCCCGAGGUCUACAAGUCCACCCAGUGCAAUGACAUGCGCCAGACCGGCCACUGCCCCCGCGGCCCCUUCUGUGCCUUCGCGCACGUGGACAAGAGCCUCGGGAUGGCGCACGGCUGGGGCUGCCGCACCCUCACCUCUGCCACCAGCUCCUCGGCCACCAGCGGGCAGCCUGGACACCAGAACCCGCUCGCCGUGUCUGCAGCGGCUCGCCUGGGCCCCAGCGUGAGCUCCAGCCUGCCACCCAGCGCCGACUCGGGCAGCUCUUCCCCGACCACGCCGCCCACCCUGCCGCGCAGCCCCACUGGCAACGCUGUCAUCGAGGUGGUCCCAGGCCCUGCUCUAGAUCUCUGUCUUGGUGACAUUGACGUCGCAUCGCAGGAGAGAGACCAGGAUGAGCAAGAGGGCCCCGACCUGGGGCUGACAGGUCUGAGCAGCGUCUCUGGGAACGUCUGGGACUUCGUUUCUGGCAGCUUUUCACCCAGCCCAUCCCCCAUCCUGAACACCAACCCCAGUCCAGGCAGCGCCGAGCUGGCGCGGGUCCGGCGGCAGCUGGACAAGGCCAAGAGGAAGAUCCGGCAGUGGGAGGAGUCCUGGCAGCAGGUGGCGCAGGCCUGUGACGCAUGGCAGCGCGAGGCCCAGGAGGCCAAAGAGCGGGCCCGAGUCGCCGACAGCGACAGGCAGCUGGCCCUGCGGAGGAAGGAGGAGGUGGAGGCCCGGGUCCGGCAGCUGCAGGACGAGUUGGGGGGCCUGGGCGUGUCUUCGCUGCCUGGGCUGCGCAGCUGCCCCGACGUGGGCACCAUCCCUCUGCAGCAGCUGCACUCACUGCAGAGCCAGCUGCGCCUCGACCUGGAGGCCGUGGACGGGGUGAUCUUCCAGCUCCGGGCUAAGCAGUGCGCGGCCUGCCAGGACCGGGCCCACGGCGCCGUCCUGCAGCCCUGCCAGCACCGUGCCCUCUGUGAGCUGUGUGCAGCCAGCACGCCUGAGUGCCCCUGCUGCAAGGGCCAGCCCCUCCCAUGGUGACCCAGGCUGACGCCCGCCUCCUGGGAGCACUGCCUGAGGCUGCCACGGUCGUGCAAUGGAGCUCCAUCACACUGCUGCCAUCUGGACCGAGGCUCCACCUGCCGGCCCUCCUGUCAUCGUUACCUACCGUGGGCCACCGGGUCUCAAGGUAUUCUCAAAAACUAAAAGCAAACCCGCUGAGCCUGCCUGCCCUCCCCACAGCGCUGCACCUGCGGGCUGGGCAGGUACUUCCUCACUGUGGCCUGCAGCCCACAGGCCAGGCCACGGGCAGGGGUCUCGUCAAAGCCCCUAGUAACCGAGGGGCUGUUAGACGUGGUCACUCUAAGCUGCUCUCUCCGAGUCCGUCUCUGAUGCGCGGCCCACGAAGCCGUGCGUGCCGUGAAGCCCGCUUCCUGGCAGCUCGCUGCGCGCUCCUACACGAACGUGAGGUCCCUGCUCUGAAGCCAGUUCUUACAGGACGAGCCCCUGCCCCGUAGCGAGGAGGAACUAGGACUCCAGGCCCCACGGGGACCGUCAGCAGUGUCGUGAGCCGUGAUUGAGCCGCAUCCAUGGAGAUGGUGCUAGGAAACGAGCGGGUUCUUGACAUGCACGCAUCCCUGGAGCUUCGCAUCCCCACUGUGCUGGCCACGCAACUACACCCACGGCCACACUUCUAAGUGCCUGUACCUCGCAAAGCAGCAGGAGCCGACCGUCGGCUUUACUUCCUCCGACUGCCAGCCGCAGGGUGGUGUCGGGUCUGGGGCCGGCUCUGUAGCCACGCCGAGGCCUGCUGGCUCUGGGGGCAGCAGUGCUGACACCCCGAUGCCAGGGGGCUGUGACCGGGAGACUGGCCUCAGCUGCUGAUGGGCAAGAUGCCAGUCCUUGAGGGGCAGUCCCAGCCAACACCGUCACCUGGCCUGUGUGUGUCAUCCACAUCCGUGAGGCCAGUGGGGGUAAGCCAAGGGCCUGACCCGAGGCAGCUUGGUGGCCUCAGAUGUGCCGCAGCGCCGGCGAGUGCGCAGCCUCCAGCCCCCUGCUGGAACGUGACUGUUUCAUGGGACUGGCACCUUCUCUGGUGGUCGGGAUCGGACCUUUCUCUGGCAGCCCGCAGUCGUGGCAGGCGCCACCGUCCCCAGCCUCGGUUGGACGAGGUGGGCCUGGGUCACCUCCAGGUACAAGAGCCAGCUCGGGCCCACCUGGCCUUGCAGCGAGCACAGGCCUUCUAGCCCACCUGUAGCUCUGCCGAAGACUUGAAGAGCAGUUUAACUUACGUGCCUGCUCAGACUUCUUAGUGACCAAGUUCGAAUGUAUCCAAUACAGACUUAGGUUUUUAAGGUAAGACAAACUCGUGGGAAAAUGUAUUAUUCUAAGGAAGCGGGUCUGAGCACCCCGCAGCUCGUCUGCUCCUGAAGGUAGCUAGCUCGGUUCUGUCGGGCUCUCCCACACGGCCCGUUGGCUCGUCCUCAGCAGUCUUUGUGCCGCUGCCCCGUUCCCCCCUGCAUUUGUGUCCUGUCCAUGUACCUGUCUACCAGGUCAGGUCUGCCAUGGACACUUAGCCUAGACGUUUCCAGAUCACAGCUGGGGCCAGGCUCUGGGCCUGCCUGUAAGCUCCUGGCCGGCGUUCGCUGUGGAGCCCAGCCACUGCACUGGAGCCUGCCCCAGGGUGAGCACUCAGGCCGGGCUGCCAGACGUGCCGUGACAGUGAGGGGGGCCCUGCCCCAGGGUGCGCUACCUCUUCUCAGGACCAGACUCCUGGGCCCAGAACUGCAACAAGACAGGCUGCCUGUCUGGCCUUCUGAGGGCUACAGCCCAGUGAUCCCAGGUGACCAGCGAGAAGCAGUGGGCAGGAAGCAGCAGCAGGCCCCCUGCAGCCCGGCCGCCGUCCCACACCUGUCCGCCUCCGCCCCGUGCUGACGUCUGCAUUGGUGCCCUCACCCUGCAGGUGCCUCACCUGGACGGCCACAGGAGCCCUGAGUGUGCGUGUGUUGGAUAAGGGUGUUUUUGAGCGGAGUUUUCUUACCCCAAGGAGGCACUGUUUAUAAGUCAUAAGCAUUCACUCUAGUGAGUUGUUUGGAGUUAACACUUGUUAAAGUUUUUACACUAUGA